GUUACUCUGAGCAAAGAACUGUGGGCAGAGGAAGUCGGGGUUAGAGAGGAUUGGGAGACAGACACUUUGCUGUGCUCAAAUCGAAGUCAAGGGUGCAAACAUGCAGAGCAAUAAAACCUUUAACUUGGAGAAGCAGAACCAUACUCCAAGGAAGCACCAUCAACAUCACCACCAGCAGCACCAUCAGCAGCAGCAGCAGCAGCAGCAACCACCCCCACCAAUACCUGCAAAUGGACAGCAGGCAAGCAGCCAGAAUGAAGGUUUAACCAUUGACCUGAAGAACUUUAGGAAACCAGGAGAGAAGACUUUCACCCAACGAAGCCGUCUCUUUGUGGGCAAUCUUCCUCCUGACAUCACUGAGGAGGAAAUGAGGAAACUUUUUGAGAAAUAUGGGAAAGCAGGCGAGGUUUUCAUUCAUAAGGAUAAAGGCUUUGGCUUUAUUCGCUUGGAAACACGAACCCUAGCGGAAAUUGCCAAAGUGGAGUUGGAUAAUAUGCCACUCCGUGGAAAGCAGCUACGUGUGCGCUUUGCCUGUCAUAGUGCAUCCCUUACAGUCCGCAACCUUCCUCAGUAUGUGUCCAACGAACAGCUGGAAGAAGCCUUUUCUGUGUUUGGCCAGGUGGAGAGGGCUGUGGUCAUUGUGGAUGACCGAGGAAGGCCCUCAGGGAAAGGCAUUGUUGAGUUCUCAGGGAAGCCAGCUGCUCGGAAAGCUCUGGACAGAUGCAGUGAAGGCUCCUUCUUGCUGACCACAUUUCCUCGGCCUGUGACUGUGGAACCUAUGGACCAGUUAGAUGAUGAGGAGGGACUUCCAGAGAAGCUGGUUAUAAAAAACCAGCAAUUUCACAAGGAACAAGAACAGCCACCCAGAUUUGCACAGCCGGGGUCCUUUGAGUAUGAGUAUGCCAUGCGCUGGAAGGCACUCAUUGAGAUGGAGAAGCAACAGCAGGAUCAAGUGGACCACAACAUCAAGGAGGCUCGUGAGAAGCUGGAGAUGGAGAUGGAGGCAGCACGCCAUGAGCACCAGGUUAUGCUAAUGAGGCAGGAUUUGAUGAGGCGUCAAGAAGAGCUUCGGAGAAUGGAGGAGCUACAUAACCAAGAGGUUCAGAAACGAAAGCAGCUAGAGCUCAGGCAGGAGGAGGAACGCAGGCGCCGUGAGGAAGAAAUGCAGCGGCAACAAGAAGAAAUGAUGCGGCGACAGCAGGAAGGAUUCAAGGGAACCUUCCCUGAUGCGAGAGAACAAGAAAUACGGAUGGGCCAAAUGGCUAUGGGAGGUGCUAUGGGCAUAAACAAUAGAGGUGCCAUGCCCCCUGCUCCUGUGCCAACUGGUAUCCCAGCUCCUCCAGGACCUGCCACUAUGAUGCCAGAUGGAACUUUGGGAUUGACCCCACCAACAACUGAAAGUUUCGGCCAAGCUGCUACAAUGGAAGGAAUUGGAGCAAUUGGUGGAAAUCCUCCUGCUUUCAACCGUCCAGCUCCUGGAGCUGAAUUUGCUCCAAAUAAACGCCGCCGAUACUAAAUAAAAGUUGCAGUGUCUAGUUUCCCGCAACCCUUAAAAGAAAGGUUCUUUUUGGACUAGCCAGAAUUCUACCCUGGAAAAGUGUUAGGGGUUUUUCCCAAUAGAUAGGUCUUCCCUGCCUGUAAUACUCUAGGGAGUAUGCUUGGAGGCAGAGGGCAAGG